CACAAACUCAUCACAAGCUUCUUUCCUUAGCUCUCAAUAUCUCAAAUACUACUAGCAAGUACGUACUACAAUGGUUUUGGGUUGGGGAAGAAGGAGCAGCACCACCGGCCACCGUGCCGCCGCUGCGAAAAAGCAGUCUUCACCUGACAACCUCGACGUGGAUCAACUCGUGAUCCCAAAGCAUUUUCUUUGUCCAAUAUCGUAUGACUUGAUGAAGGAUCCGGUCACAUUGUCAUCUGGGAUUACUUACGAUCGGCAGAGCAUUGACACUUGGUUAGAAGCCGGAAAUUUCAAGUGUCCGGUGACGAAUCAGGUGCUUAGAAACUUUGAUACGAUUCCCAACCAUACUCUCCGAACUAUGAUUCAAGAAUGGAGCUCACAAAACCAACGAUACGGCAUUCAGCGCGUCCCAACCCCUAAAAUUCCGAUCAUGGCAGUUCAGGUCUCCGAGAUUCUGUUCAGCGUAACAGCCUCAGCGAGACGCGUGGAUCAGAAUGGUUGCUUAGAGUGCGUGCAGAUGAUCAAGAAAUGGGCGAGUGAGGGUGACCGGAACAAGAGGUGCAUUGUGGAGAAUGGAGCAGCCUCUGUUCUUGCUUCUGCGUUCGAUGCUUUUGCAAAUGAUGGUAUAAAGAGAAAUGCAGGAGUGUGUGAAGAAAUUUUGACAGCUUUUAGUUGGAUGAUGCUUCCAUCACUAGAUGAAGAAACACAAAAGUACUUGGGAUCUCAUGCUUCUUUGGAUUGCUUGGUUUGGUUCCUUAAGGGUGAUAGAGAUGUUUUGGUGAAGCAAAACUCGAUUCUAGCAUUGAAAGAGCUUCUUUCUAAUUGCAAUGAUCAGAACAAACAUGCGGUUGAAGCAUUGGCAGAGAUAGAAGGAGUCAAUGAGAUUCUUUUCGGGUUCAUCAAGGGGAAAAAUUCUAUGAGAAUUACCAAGGCUUCCUUGACGGUUGUCUUCUACUUGGUUUCAUUCAGUGAUAAGUUCAGAUCAGCAUUCUUGGAGAUGGGUUUGGUUUCCCUUCUGUUGGAGACCAUUCUCGACUCGGAGAAAGGCAUAACCGAGAGGGCUUUGUAUGUUUUGGAUUCUCUUUGUGAUUGCAAAGAAGGGAGAGAACAGGCCUAUGCUAAUGCUCUGACUAUACCAGUUUUGGUGAAGAAGAUUUUAAGGGUGUCGGAAAUCGCAACCGAGUGCUCAAUCUCUGCUGUUUGGAAACUGUGUAAGAAUGCAACUAGGCAAGAAGAGAGAGUGCUUGUUGACGUUCUUCAAGUUGGUGCAUUUCAGAAGCUCUUGCUGGUUUUACAGGUUCGUUGCGCCGGUGAAUAUGACACAAAGGACAAAGCAACUGAGCUUUUGAAGAUGCUGAAUCCUUACAGAGCUGGAUUGGAAUGUAUUGAGUCUGUAGAUUUCAAGAGUCUUGGAAGGUCAUUCUAAGAUUACGCUCUUUACAAGGGAAACCAUAUUCUUUCUAUUAUUGAUACUUCACUUUAACUUCAUCAAUUUGACCAGCAGAUUCAUUGUUAGCAUAGAAGUUUAGUUUAAUUCUCCAAAUUAAUUUGUCGUAUAAUACUACAGUUAAUCAGUUAUCAUAGUGGAAUUGAGAAAUAACAUAUCAUUUUCAUU